AGAACAGUGGCGGCGUGACAAGGGUUUUAUGAAACCCGGGUCUCAUGGCGAUUUAGGUGGGUGGGUAGAUGUCGUGGUCAUGUUUAUUACUUUUCUAUGGUGUGUGUACCUAUUAUUAUAAAUGUACUCGACACUCGUAAACUCUUUGAGGGUGGGUAAUCCCUAAAAACGUUUUUAUCUCACGAAUGAAAAAUGUUCACGCCACCACUGGUGACCUAGAAACCCAGUCGUGUUUUUAACGUUGUACCCUUCAUUUGUGAUAUUUAUUCCUUUUGAUUACUUUUAUUUUAAUUUUUUUAUAUUAACUAAAUAAUUAUGUGUCGUAUAAUUCUCGAAGACGACAUCUCACGUAACGAACAAAUUUUGCAAAAUGCGUAAGUGUUAGUAAUUUUAAAUUAUUUUGAUAUAUAUUUAUAUAUAUAUAUUUUUUUAUUCAGUGAGAUAAUUGAGCCGCCGGUCGUUCGGUCAGCUAACCCUGACACUAUAAUUUAUUUAAGACGGUUGCAUCAAGAAUAUUUACUUAUAAAUAAUUCAGGUGAGAAGAAGAGGAUAUGGUCAGCACAUGCGAGAUCGGUUUCUGUACGGUGCAAUGUAGAAAUGAGAGUUUUGUGUAUGUUGAUGCGUGAAAGUCAUUAUGAUCGAUCGAUUCCUGAAGAUGAGGUUAUAAUUCAACUAUCGUUUCGUGAGUUAUUACACUCAUCUAGAACAAUCAGGAGGCAUACCCAGUACUAUAUCAUUAUGCAGUUACUAUAUGGACUCAGGCGAAUUGCGAUUUUCGAUUCCGAACGCAUUAGGGAAAAAUUAGAAAUGGAUUGGACGUUAAAUGUCCUAACCAUUCUUACCUACUUAGAUUUCGACUUCGACACUUCUCGUUUUAUACUACAUAGAAUAAGAAACCUGAACUAAAAAUGAACUUAUAAAUAAUAUUUUCCUUAUUACCAUA